GUCUUGUGUCUCAAGUGCAUGGCCAUGUGACUGGUGUGUUUAUGACAACAUGUGUACAUAUGAAAGUAGCUCAUGCCAGACUGGUGAAACAGUGGUGAUUGGGGAAAAUAAUCCCGUAGGCUCCGGAAACAAAGGCAAACGCUUCUGUCCUCAGCUGGUUGGGACAUCAGAAUCUUUCUUCAUACCAGUGAAUAUUCCUUCAAGUUUCUCACUAGUGGCAAGAAAUAUUCCUACAGAUCAAACAAAGAUUAGGUCAUUCGAUUGCAUUCUUCGUAUUAAUGAAGCUGAGGCAGGGGUACAGAGUACAUUCUUCAACGAAAGUUAUAUUCUCUGUGAGUCCAAAGAGUACAUGUAUGCCGACGACCUCCUUCAGAAUAAUGUAAGCGUAUCCGUUCAAUGGAAUGGCCAACACUAUAUAGAUGACCCUACGGAUACAUAUGUAACUCUGUACAAGUGUUCAGUUAACGGCGGAAGUUGUAGCCGGUGUCUGUCUCCGGAAGCAACACCUUCGUUCCUAAAUUGCGGUUGGUGUGGGACUGAAUGUAAUGUCAUUGAGAGUGAUGUUUGUCAGAGCAAUCGAUUUGUGAAUCAGAAUGAGACCAAUCUUUGUUCAGCACCAGCCAUAACUGACGUAAGAUUAUCCCACAAUUACUUCUUUUAA